CCUACUGUACACAGCCAUAAACAUCGCCGCCACCCUUACCACAAUGCCAUUCGAUCCCAUAGAAGCAGACAAGAACGAUCCCUUAAGUUGGACGAGGGACGAGUUCGAAGUCCCUCUGAGAGCAGAGAGCGGAGGCCAAGGCGAAGGGGACUUGAUCUACCUGUGUGGAAACUCGCUCGGCUUGUUACCCAAACGAGGCCGACAGAUCGUCAAUGAAGAGCUCGACGUAUGGAGCAAACGAGCGGUCUAUGGUCACUUUGCUCAUCCCCAUGACCGACCUUGGAAGGAUAUCGACCAAUGCGUACUCCCAGGUCUAGCCCGGCUGGUCGGAGCCAAAGAGUCCGAAGUCGCUCACACCUCGACGUUGACGUCCAACAUACACAGCCUGUUCAUCUCGUUCUACCGACCGACGCCGAAACGAUGGAAGAUUGUCAUCGAAAAGGGCGCUUUUCCUUCGGACUGGUAUGCCAUCCACUCUCAUCCAGCACUCCACUCGGCCGUUCUCUCGCCUGAACAGAUCGAGAACGCCAUCGUCCCCCUCUCUCCGCGUGCGGGUGAGGAUCAUCUGCGGACAGAAGACGUCGUCAGCAAGCUCGCCGAGAUCGGGGACGAGGUCGCCGUCGUCUGGAUCGGAUGUGUACAGUAUUACACGGGACAGUUCUUCGAGGUCGAGCCGAUCGCCAGGAAGACGCAUGAGAUUGGCGCUUACUUUGGGCUGGACUUGGCACAUGCGAUCGGGAACGUCCCGGUCAAGCUGAACGACUGGGGGGUCGAUUUCGCCGCUUGGUGUACUUACAAAUACCUGUGUGGAGGACCCGGUUCGGUCGCGGGGUAUUACAUCAAGGACGGACUGGAUGAUGGCGGUCGAAGACUGGCAGGAUGGUGGGGCCACAACCGACAGACCCGGUUCCACAUGUCGCCCGAGUUCGAUCCCAUUCCCGGUGCGGGCGGUUACCAACACUCGAACCCGCCCGUAUUCUCCUCUUUGCCGUUGAUAGCCACCUUGGAGAUCAUCGACAAGGCCGGUGGGAUCGACGUCUUGAGGGAAAAGAGCGAACGGUUGACGGGAUACUUUUGGGACCUGUUGACGAGUUCAAAGUGGUACCGCGGCAUCGCCUCUCCCGAUCCGCAAGAACGACACGAGCAGCAAGUCGCUCAAGCCACCUCGUCCGGACUGCCGGUGGACGAGCGAUCCAAGGGGUUCAAGAUCUUGACCCCUUCGGAUCCGGCGCAGAGGGGGUGUCAGCUCUCGCUCCUCGUCUUGCCCCAAGGGUCGGGCAACAUGGACAAGGUCUUCCAGGCCAUGGUGGAGAGGGGGGUGGUAGGGGACGAGAGGCGACCGGACGUGAUGCGUUUGAGCGCGGUACCGUUGUACAACCGGUUCGUCGAUGUCAAGCGGGCGGCCGAGGAGCUGGAACGCGCGUUCGAGGGGUUGUAAUGUGUAGCCCGCUUUGCACUUUGAGGUUUCGUGCGGUUGUAAAUCACUCAUAUAUCGUUUGACAAGGGCGUAGCCACGGGACUUUGAGGGUAGGUUUCACAUGGCGUCCGACGACGAGAGCCCGGUGAAACAAGAUCGGUCGAUGUUUUUCGGGUAUAAGAUGAGUUCCCGGCCCGCUUGAAAUUGCUGUGUCGUUGUUUUGAUCGCCCUUGAUGAACCCCCAAAUCCCCUGCGCUAGACCGCCGCGCAAAGACCCCACCACGGGAAGGGCACGAGAAUAUAGAAUAGGGGUAGUAGAGGUCGAGAACCUGGUGAAUGGCAUCUAAUUUACGCUUUUGCGCUUCCAGGUCUUUGAGAUGGACUGUUCUGUUCGUCGAUGUCUACAUCUGAUGGAAUUGAGGAG